UGACAUCAGCAGCAGCGUUACUGACGUUGAUAUGUGACUACACAUGUAAUAUUACACCACACAUGUAAUAUGUCUACUACUUCAUGGUCACUUACAUACUGAGAGUGGAACUAAGCGAAACCGGGACCGUCAUUUGUUGAGAACUCAACUCCCAAAAGCGUCGGAUAAAACCGUUUCAGGAACCAGGAGUCUCUAUUGAAGCUAACAGCAGCUAGCCUAGCUGGUGAACUUUUACCAUCGUUGCUCAUUGACAAUAAACGUUAUCUAACUCGAGCAAGCUAACCAGGCAGGUGUAGCUUCGUGCGAGGACGGACUUUGAACUGUACCGGGAGGAGAUUCUGGUUGUGUUGAUUGUCAGAAGAGUUGCUAGGUGGUGCUGCUGGCUGAUUUACCAGUCCGACUUCCUUGUCUUGUUCGAGGUCAUUCUGUAGCGUCCAUCUAGCCAGCUGUUAUCGGGAAGCUAGCGGUCAUGAAGAGCCUUCCGUAUUUCUGCCGGGGAGAGGUCGUCCGAGGCUUCGGGAGAGGAAGCAAAGAACUGGGGAUCCCCACUGCCAACUUCCCAGUCUCAGUGGUGGACCAUCUUCCUGCAGAUAUCGGCACAGGGAUCUACUAUGGCUGGGCUUGCGUCGGUAACGGUGAUGUCUUCAAGAUGGUGAUGAGCAUAGGCUGGAACCCAUACUACAAAAACACCAAGAAGUCCAUGGAGACUCAUGUGAUUCACACAUUCAAAGAGGACUUCUAUGGAGAGAUUCUCAGUGUGGUCAUGGUGGGCUACAUUCGCCCAGAGAGGAGCUACGACUCACUUGAAGCGCUAAUUGCUGCCAUAAACAACGACAUUGAGGAAGCCAAGCUCAAGCUGGAGCUCCCGGAGCAUCUCAAACUAAAAGAAGACAACUUCUUCACCAGCGUUACCAGCCUGUCGUCAGCACCGCCCCCCACCACCGCGUCCACAUCACAGACUAUUAUGAACGGUCACUAACAGCUGCUUACGACUGUAGCACACGUUCAUCACACACCCCAGAACAUCACAAUGGUUUCUAUUGACACACAGGUGUUUGCACUCAUUAACAUGCACAGCCUCAUACUGAGAUGUCUAAGCUGUCACCAUGACUGCACAUAAUGGUAAACAACCAACCUUUUUUUUUUCUUAUUGUAUUUUUCUUUCACUUCCUCAAUGUGUCUCAACUAUUUAAGUUCCUGUUUGUGUUUAUUGCACACAGCCAGUUAGAUGUUUAUUUGUAUACAUCCAUACCAGAUUGCCUCAUAUAAGAGCAUAACUGUAUGAAUUUCUUGCUCUCACUGGUCCUGCUGUAUAUUUGGAAUCUUUUAUGUGAGAAGGUACCUAUUGAGACCUAAUGAGGUCAUUUUGAUCUGUAAAUACCAAAAGACACUAACGGCCUGUAGACCCGACUCGUCUCUCACUGGUUAAAGACACACACAUGUUAUUUCAAAUUUUGGGCAUUAUUAUCAGUAAAAAAAAAAAAAACUGGUCGUACUGUUAGAUGACUUUAUGCAACAAUGUGGCUAAAUGCAAUGAAUAAGUGGAGAUUAAAUUAUAACAUUAUAAUAAUAUAAUGGUAUUAAAGUAUCUUCUAACUUUCUUCAUGAGAAAACUAUUUCCCUUCCAGUGGGGCACUCAUUAUCACUGCCCUAAAAAUACGAAUGACCCAAUUACACUGGAAUUACAUUUUGAUUUGGGGUUUUUGAUGCAUUAUGCAGGAAGAAUAUCGUAUUGCUAUGGUUAUUUGAUAACUAGCAAAAUGAUUAUUGUUUAAUGGAGAUGAAGUUUUGGCUUUAGCUUGGCUGAUGCUCUGACCUACAGUCCGUCAGUCACAGGUUGUUUGUGUGUGUGGUAAAACAUUGAUAGAUGAUAUGGGAUAACGUAUAGGGUCACAGUACCCUGCUCUGAUAUGUACAAAGUGUAACAGUCACACAAAUACACAUUAUAUUCUUGAUAUAUAUAUAUAUUACAGUGUUACCCUUUUUCCAUUUGAAUCUUUUAUGUCAACAGAGACGUUGGAAAACUGUUUGCUCUGACGGGGGUUUUUGGGUCUGUGUGUGUGAACAACUGUUAAGAAAAAAUAACUCGAAACAUUCUAAAAUACAACUACAAUUCUGUGUGUACAAUUCUUUGAUCCCCUGUAAAUAUAUGUUUUAAAUGAAGUAGUCAUGUGAUUUUGGGUUUAAAAUCGGUAUUGCAUUUGUGUUAUUUAGGGAGACAUGACUGAAAUGUAUGAAUGUGGACAUUCAUCAUGCCACAGUACCUAUGUUAAUUUCCAAAGAAGAGCUUAGCUGUUUUUCCCUCUCUAUUAUUACUCUGGUAGUUUGUUGCUUUUCUCAGUUUAGUUUCUUUACUGACAGGGAAUGACAGAAUCAACACAGGAAGCAGUACUUUAAUCUUGUCGACAAACUGUCUGCUGUAUAAAGCUUUCGUACAUAAUGAAUGCUACAUUACCCAUAAAUUCAUCCUCUAAAGCACUUAAUGUACAGAAUAAACUUCAGUGCAACUUUAAA